CACGUUAUAUUGUUUUGUUACUUUUUAUGUUAUCUUGAAACAUCCGCGGAACAAUCUGUGUUGAUGUUUCGGACGUGAUAUUUGUUUCGCAUCAGUGUACGUUUUUGUAUGUCUGUAUAGUCAACCCCUAACAUUCCGACAAUGGACUAUUCCGUCGUUAGGCCUUUGCAGUAGGGAGUUGUUUGGCGGACUCCGCAAGUUUUUCUUUACUUUACAUGUUAUUUUUGUUUCUCUAAAGAAGAAGAAAUUCAUCGUUUUUACCAUUGCUUGCCUCGCUGUUUAUGCGGUGUGUCGACGGACUAAACAAACACAGUGUUUUGGGCGUGGUACACAACUAGAGAUCCAAAGAAAGAAGGAAGGCAUCGGUGACUCGGAGCUGAGCUUAUGAUGCCGACGUUGCGGGACAGCACCAUGUCCCACCCCGGCGAGAAUUCUCACCAAGUCCGGGUGAAAGCGUAUUAUAAAGGGGACAUCAUGAUCACUCAUUUUGAGCCGUCCAUCUCAUUUGAGGGUCUGUACGGGGAGGUGAGGGACAUGUGCUCCAUGGACAACGACCAACUCUUCACCAUGAAGUGGAUCGAUGAGGAAGGUGACCCCUGCACUGUGUCGUCACAGUUGGAGUUGGAAGAAGCACUGCGUCUCUACGAACUCAACAAAGACUCAGAACUCAUUAUCCACGUGUUCCCAUGUGUACCAGAGAAACCUGGCAUGCCCUGUCCGGGAGAAGACAAGUCUAUAUAUCGGCGUGGAGCGCGGCGCUGGAGGAAGCUUUACUAUGCCAGUGGUCACGCCUUUCAGGCUAAGAGAUUCAACCGGCGGGCCCACUGCGCCAUCUGUGCAGACCGUAUCUGGGGUCUGGGUAGACAAGGAUACAAAUGCAUCAACUGCAAACUGCUGGUGCACAAGAAGUGCCAUAAACUGGUCACAGUGGAGUGUGGCAGACCAAUGUUCCAGGAAUCAAUGAUGCCUGGUGGAACACCAUCAAGUCCAUUAGACCCAACUGAACAGCCAGGCCCCCAGAAUAAAGACUCCAGAGAAAGCUUGCCUUACGAUGGAGAGGAGAAAGAGGCGCGGAGCAGUAGGGACACGGGUAAAUCGCCUUCCAGCCUUGGUCUGGCAGACUUCGACCUGUUGAGAGUAAUCGGCAGAGGCAGCUACGCCAAGGUGCUGCUGGUGCAGCUGAAAAAGACAGAGCGGAUCUAUGCCAUGAAGGUGGUGAAGAAGGAGCUGGUCAAUGACGAUGAGGACAUUGAUUGGGUCCAAACAGAAAAGCAUGUAUUCGAGCAGGCCUCUAAUCAUCCCUUCCUGGUUGGCCUCCACUCCUGUUUCCAGACAGAAAGCAGACUGUUCUUUGUUAUUGAGUAUGUGAAUGGUGGAGAUCUCAUGUUCCACAUGCAGAGACAAAGGAAACUCCCAGAAGAACAUGCCAGAUUCUACUCAGCAGAGAUCAGUCUGGCACUCAACUACCUCCACGAGCGGGGAAUCAUCUACAGAGAUCUGAAGCUGGACAACGUGCUGCUGGACUCUGAGGGACACAUCAAACUUACAGACUAUGGCAUGUGCAAGGAGGGCUUGAGACCAGGGGACACAACGAGCACUUUCUGUGGUACCCCCAAUUACAUUGCCCCGGAAAUACUGCGAGGAGAGGACUACGGGUUCAGUGUGGACUGGUGGGCGCUGGGCGUGCUGAUGUUCGAGAUGAUGGCAGGCCGGUCGCCCUUCGAUAUUGUAGGGAGCUCGGACAACCCAGACCAGAACACAGAAGACUACCUCUUUCAAGUCAUAUUGGAAAAACAGAUCCGAAUUCCCCGCUCGUUGUCAGUCAAAGCCGCCAGUGUCCUCAAGGGAUUCCUCAACAAGGAUCCUAAGGAGCGUCUAGGCUGCCACCCUCAGACAGGCUUUGCCGACAUCAUGGGCCAUCCGUUCUUCCGAAACGUCGACUGGGACCUUCUGGAGCAGAAGCAGGUGGUCCCUCCAUUCAAGCCCAACAUCUCAGGGGAAUUCGGACUGGACAACUUCGAUGCUCAGUUCACCAACGAGCCCAUCCAGCUCACGCCUGAUGAUGAUGAUGUCGUGAAGAAAAUCGACCAGUCUGAGUUCGAAGGCUUCGAGUAUAUCAACCCACUCCUGAUGUCGGCGGAGGAGUGUGUGUGAGCAACGCAGCGUCUGCACUCGCUCACACACACCACCCACACACACACACUCAUGCACGUGUUUUACGUGGCGUCUCAGUGUCCUCAAGCUGCAUGGUUACGAGACAACCUGACGACAUCAACCUUCUGUUCCAGGACCGCACAUGCACAGUAGAACGCUUAUUUGCCAAAACCAGUCUCACACUCAGCCAUUUAUAACCACUUGCCCUUAAGCCUACCUUCUUUCUUAAUUAUUUUUAUAUCAUGUAAAUCUGCACUGAUAUCAACUUUCUCAUCGGGGGCCUCUUUAUUGGUAGCCAACAAGAGGCUACAAAGUUCUUCCAAGGUUGCUGUACAGGGGGUGACGCCCUGACACAUAAACUGAACAUCCUCUCCUUACAGCUGGUGGGGUGCUUACAAUGCAUAUUUUAUUUGUGUAUAUAUAUGAAUCUACUAUUGAGGAUAAAAAGUUAGACAAGGCCUUUUUAGCUUCAAGCCAUAGUCUGACAAAACAUAAUCAUCAUAAAAUCAUUUUGAUUUUUGUGGCGACAUCCAUUCUGUAGAUUAAAGAAGAAUCAUAAGACUAGCCUUUGAAAAAAACAAAAAGAUAAAAAUCUAUAUAUUUUUCUCCUUUUUGUUUUUUUAUUUAACAACAUAGCAGUCAUUAUAUAUAUGUUGUUCUGAGCAUUUAAUGUCCAGCCUGACUUAUGGAACCAAAAUGGUUCAGGCUUUUGUUGUUUUGACGAACACACAACAUCUGGAAAACAGAAGGUGUCUGCUUCGAGUCCCUUCUCCCAGAAUGAAGGAAACAGAAGCAUCCAACCAACACUAGUAACGAGUGAAUACUCUCAAACUGUGAAUGAAAGAGCUCUCUAUGCAGGGAAAUGGGCUGGAAGAAAAGCACAUAAUACCUGAACGCUGGAACAGAGGUUACAUAUCGCUGUGCAGAGCCUCCAUGAAACAAACAUUCACACCAGGACCAAACAAACAUUUUUCAGAAAAAUGUCUUGCUGGUACGAAUAAGAAGGUACAGUAAGGAAGAUGUGCUGUCCUAUGUCAUAGAAUUUAUAUAUACAGAUUUGUUUUUGCUAAUUUUUAAUACUAUGCCUUUUGGAAACAUAUGGUCUGGUCUCUUUUUUUGUACUUUCUCCAUUCCAUGUAUGUCUUUUGUUAAAAUCAAAAGUGAUUGUUACGACGAGAGCUCGAUUUAAAGUCCAAAGUCGUGACACAGGGCAGGCUUGAGAACUGUACACUGUGUCUGUCGAACCCACUGUUCAUCUUCUGAAUUAGACAUUUUGUAUAACUGCUUUGAAGCAUCUGAAGGCUCUGUAGAGCCGCUCUCCACCCCCUGACACUAAAAGUGAUGGUGCAUGAACCUCCAGACACUCAUCCAAUCGAAGCUUCUCUCUACUUUUUGUUUUGGGCUCACGUGGUGACCGGAGGAGGAACACGUUCAUCUGUUACACGCAUUACUGUUGUUUCUCUUUUUGCGAGUCACAUUUUAAUUUUAAUUUUUUUUUUUUUUUUAUCACUACAUUGAUUCCAAAAUGUUACUGGGUGAACCCAAUGGAAACACUAUUUGUUGUACUUGUGUUUUGGGGGUGUUUACCACCCAAAGGACUCUGCUGAACUUUGUUAUUAGUGUGCAAAGAAAAAAACACAGACAGUAAAAUAAACAUUUUAUUUCUCUCCUUGUGGUAAUA